GGCGGGUAGUCUAGGGAUCUGAAGUCUGCACUGCAGCUGUAGGGAGACAGUGGGCAGCAUCGGCCCACCACCAGCAGUCCAUUUACAAUGGAAGUCCUGGACGAGUUCGACAGCGAAUUCCCCCUGAGUGUGACCUUCUGCCAGCUCAUUUCCGAGGAUGACUUCGAGAGGCAAGCAGCGACCUAUACAGAGCGGGCGCUGCGACGCCUCUUUCGCGCCUUGGACCGCAACCCAGCGCUGGCGGAGAGGGUCGUGCGGAAGGGCAAGCAGACGGAGAUCGAGCAGCGCGGGCUCCUCUCCAGCCUCUGGGCGAAAUUUGUCUGCACUGUCCAGGGGGAUCUAAACCAGUGCAACAGCAUGGGUGCCCUGGAGAUGCAUCAGCGCCUGGACCAGCUGAAAAGGCGCAUCCACCGUGUGCAUCUGUAUUCCCAGGAUGCCAAGAAGAGGAGGAGGAGGUCGAAACCAAAGAAACCAGAUCCCAUCUUCCGAGACCGAUCAACCUCCCCAUGCCUGCCACCAGCCCUAUUACCACCACCGCUGCCACCGCUACCACCACAACCUGUUACCACCGUGGCCUCUGUAGUGGCUGCGUCACCCUCUGUCUACACUAUGCCUCGGGUCUUUGGCCCCUUCCCUCCACUGUCUGGCAAGCCGAUGGAGAAACUGGAUAUUUCAAGGUCUGAAGUGAAGUUAAACUGGAAUGGUCUUUCAUCAAUGUCAAAGAGCCACAUGGUUGAUCUGACCCCCUUGGUCCUCAACCCCGGAGGCUUCCAUUUCUCGUAUUUGGCAGGAAACAGUGCACACAAGCUCCAUUGUCCUAGCUUUCCCUGGACGCCAGCCUGUAGUGGACCCUCCAACACUGACGAGAUGCCAUCUCCUGUUGUGAAAGCCUCUAUCUUCACUCCGCCUGUUCUGCUCAAGUUCCAACCUGUGCCCAGACCCAAUGAUGAUUCAGAGAAUGACCCUGGCAGCGCGGAGUCCACUCCUGCCAAGGAGAGCCAAUAAUCUCUUCCCAACAGACCAUGCCCCAGGACUGAGUAAAGUUCAUCCUGGUGUUGAGCUACCCGAAUGUUGUAUGUCCUCUCUGUUUUCGCCGAGACUGGAGAGAGAGUUCAAGGAUAGCCUAGACUCUAUAGAAAAAAACCAUAUUUCAAACCUCAUCCCUUCAAAUAUGGGCAGUGUAUGUUGAGAUCAGUACCUUUCAAUGACCCCUCACUUGCACUGUAACAAGCAAUUCUGUCAUGCUUGAGAGAAUGGGGUGGGAAAUUCUUUUCUUCCCUUCAGCAAUUUAGACUCCGUAGGGCUUCACUUCCCCUGAGCGGCAAGUGUACUGUGUGUGAUCUCCAAACACAAGCCUUAAUUUGCUGGGUGUUUUUACCUGGAGGAGAAAUGAGUGGGUUGGUCAGUUUACAGCUUGGCACUUGCCUGAGUUUCAAAAAUGUGAUUCUCAUUGUCAUCUCAUAUGCUGGCCUUAGAACCUUUCUCCAUGUAAGAUCUCAGUCAUUACUGGACAUUAGUGGAUAUACAUAUUAGUCAUGGUUGACAAUACCUCACUUGGGGCUGUAGAGUAAAAUUACUACAUAA